GAGCAAGGAUGUCUACUGUUGAACAGAGAAUAAAAGAAUUGGAUGAUAUUCGAAAAACUGUGAAAAAGUACGAAAAUCAUGUGAAUGAGUUACUUCGUGAAUUCGGUUGGACAAAGGAAAAACUACCAAAAUAUAUAGCAAAAAAUAAUCAAAAUAAGAGUGAUUCAACCGAAUCGAGUGCAAUUGAAAGUGGACCGAGUGUGGCAAAACAAGCGAGUAAACCAAUUGAUCUUGAAGCUGUUGUUGACAUUGCAUAUAAAAUUGAUGCAAAACGUUCUAGUGCCAACAAUUUCACGGAUUUGAAUAAAUUGCGAAGAGAUUUGAAACGACGACGAGUUAAAUAUCGAACAACAAAAACUGCUCCACUUACAUACACCGAAGAAUUACGUGAACUAAUUGAGCUUCAAAUGGAAUUGGUGACCGAAAACAAAGAGGAACAAGAGUAAAAUAAAACAGUUGGAUUUGAAUUUAUAAAUUUAAUUAUUUUGCAUCGAAUGCUUCAUGUAUAGACAUUGACAUCUCGUUUAAAUACACUGCAAAGAUUCAUGGGGAAAAGUUUGGUUCGUGUUUGCAAGACAACAUUUGCCAUUUGCAAGGCAUCAAAUUUUUCUGCGGUGACGUUUGCGGCAUGAAUGGAUACUCUUUCACCGAUUUACAAGAGCAUGAAUUUGCUGAAGAAAUCACGAAAUACAAGGUUUUGUCAGAAGAAAAUGAAAAGCCAAAACGUCAAACCGUCAAAUCGAACAUCAAACGAACAUUGGAAUUGUAGUGGUG